GUAAACACUUCAACAGCAACUCAAUUCGCAAAUUGCAAACUUUAAAAAUCUCUCUCAAAUUUCCUUGAUCUUUCAAGUGUUUUGGAUUAUUCCUGUUAACUGUGUGUUAAGUUAGUUAUUUCGGAAAUAAAAAUGUCGUCCAGCCAGAGCCAACGCAGCGAAGCCCAUAUCGAGCAUCAUCAGGAGGUGCGCAAGGAGGGCUCCGGCGCCACCCAGACCCAGCAUGCCGAGAAGGAGCACACCGUCCACACCGGCUAUACCCACACCCAGGUCACCGCGCCCCUCGUCGCCCCGGCCCCGCCCAUCAUCCAGACGCCCAGAAUGGCCGAAGAAUUAGUGGGCGGGUUCACCGGGAGCGCGGCCCGCUACACGGCCACCACUGGCGAGCUGAACAUCCAGCCCAGUGAGCGCCUCCUGCAGGAGGCCGCCCGCGACUCCGCCGCGCACAGCCGCGAAUCCGAAGCCAUCGCCAAAGCGCACGAGCGCGAACUGGAGAAGAAGACCGAGCAGUACCGCAAGGAGGCCGAGGCCGAGGCGGAGAAGAUCCGCAAGGAGCUGGAGAAGCAGCACGAACGGGAUAUUGAAUUCCGCAAGGGUCUCAUUGACAGCGCCAUCGAACGCCAGAAACGCGAAGUGGAACUGGAAGCCAAAAUGGCUAAGCGCGAGCUGGAGCGGGAGGCCCAGCUGGCCAAGGAGGCCCUCGAGCGCUCCAAGCUGGCCACCAACGUCGAGGUCAACUUCGACAGUGCCGUGGGCCACACCGCUUCCGUGGGAACGACCGUGUCGGAAUCCGAGUCAGUAACACGGGACGUCCGCAAAACCGGCCACUAAUCCCUCUAUAUAAACGCCCGAUUGUAUAGAUGCAGCUUUUUUUUGAAUGCGCUUCAGUUUCUCAUCGGGAUUUUUCGCCGCUGAACGCCAAAAAUGUCGAUUCUCCGCUGUUCUCUUCUGAUCAUUAUGCUUAAUAAACCGUAAAUAUUUUAUGCUAAAAUUAAAAUUGCAUCGCGAUGUCAAAUACUCCUCCAAUAUUUGGUGAUUAAAAAGCGCGCUUUGA